GCAGACUGGGAGAGGAGAGACAGACUCUCACACACACAGAGAGGGGAAGACGCCAUAGACCCCCCACUGCCAUAAGGAGGACCCCUAGUCCUACAAGCAACAGAGGAGCCCCCCACUCCUACAGGCAUCAGGACCCCCAGUCCUACAGGCACCAGGAGCCCCCCAAUCCUACAGGCAUCAGGACCCCACAGUCCUACAGGCAUCAGGAGCCCCCCAAUCCUACAGGCAUCAGGACCCCACAGUCCUACAGGCACCAGGAGCCCCCCAAUCCUACAGGCACCAGGAGCCCCCCAUUCCUACAGGCAUCAGGAGCCCCCCAAUCCUACAGGCACCAGGAGACCCCCAAUCCUACUGGCACCAGGAGCCCCCCAUUCCUACAGGCAUCAGGAGCCCCCCAAUCCUACAGGCACCAGGAGCCCCCCAUUCCUACAGGCAUCAGGAGCCCCCCAAUCCUACAGGCACCAGGAGCCCCCCAAUCCUACUGGCACCAGGAGCCCCCCAUUCCUACAGGCAUCAGGAGCCCCCCAAUCCUACAGGCAUCAGGACCCCCCAGUCCUACAAGCAACAGAGGAGCCCCCCACUUCUACAGGCACCAGGAGCCCCCCAGUCCCACAGCCAUCAGGAGCCCCCCAUUGGCAGAAGUAGGACCCCCCCCCCCCAACAACUUUCCGAUUGGCCUCCAGUUGCAGGACCCAGAGCGGAGCCCCUGUAAGGAUGCCGACCCCCCCGGACUUAGAGUCGCACCACUUGUCGCUACUCACUGCCCAACAGGACGUACUGAGCGAUCGCAGCUCCACCGACUGGGCUGUGUUUGCUUAUGAGAAGCGCUGGGACCUGAAGCUGCUGGAUUCUGGAGCCGGGGGGCUUGAGGAGCUCACUAAGAGACUGAAUGCUCGAUCCAUUCUCUAUGGCCUGUGCCAAGUGACAGACCCCAACAGCAAGAACCGGCAGGUGAUUCUCAUACACUGGGUCGGGGAGAAUGUUGGGGAGUCACAGAGAGAAAUCAGCCUCGAGCACAUUCCCACCAUCAGGAAGUUCUUCAGGGAGGCUUCUGUGUUUCUCUCUGCCCGGCGGCUGGAGGACCUCACUCCCGAUGUGGUGGCACAGGCCCUGAGUAAGGAGAUGCACCCAGGCGUAAUAUUCCCCAGAUCCAGAUACCCAGGCUCAUCUGAAGUGGUGGGGACUAAUUACCGGAAGACCAACCCAGCCGUAGAGAUGCGAUUCACCAAGCGGGAGGCCUUCUGGCAGCGCUCGGAGAGGGAGGAGGAGCGGCGCAAGGAGAAAGAGCGCCAGCGGCUUCUGGAGGAGAAGAUUGCUCUGGAGAGGCAACGUGUGGAGAGAGAGAGGCUGGAGGAGCAGCAUCGAGAGCUCAGGAUUCAAGAGAAAGAGAGACUGGUGGAAGAACAGAGGAAGGAGCAGGCACGUUUUGAAGCAGAGCAGCGCAAGAGGGAGAAAGAUCGAUGGAUGCAGCAGCAGAAGGAGCAUGAAGAAGAAAUGAAAGGGAGGUUCAAGCGCAGUCAGUCCAUCGAAAUGGCAGCUGAGGCAGCAAUACUUGUUUCCCAUCGCUCCAUGCACCCCCGGGAGUUUUUCCGGCAACAGGAACGCUCCGUGUCAUGUUCGUACUCACCCCCGCCCACCCCAACGUCACCCUCCGGGUCGGGGGCUUUUCGCCGACCAGCAAUGAGAUACCAGCGCAGCCUGACGGAGACCAUUGCAUCCCCCCCACCUCAGAGUCCAACCUUUUAUCCCAGCACUCAAAAAAGAGACUCUCUGACCUUCUCCGAUGUACCCCAGCCCUGCUCCCCUGCUUUCAUCUUCUCUAAGUCGGGUCUACCUGUCACCUCCCCCAGACUGAGCAACUUGCCAUCCUUCAUACCUCCACCAAUUGCCACCACUAGAGUUGGACACCCUUCAACUAAAUUAAGCUCCUCCCCACAAAGCAUUAAUAAUAAUAAUGUCCCUCUGAGAACUGUUGACCAAGAUGUGCCCAUUAGAGCUGAAUAUGUAACUCUAGAUCCCCCCACCCAGAAGCCUAAAAAUGACUCUCUGUCAUUUCCUGAUGGCCCUCCCCAGGCAAGUCAUUUAUCUGUGCAAGGGGAUGUAGGAGUCACCACCAUCUUAGAUACCUCAGAGGCAAAAGAAACCUACAGGGCAGAGUUAGUGCCUAUUAAAGCCCCAUUAUCACCAGACCAAAAUAUUGACCAUGGUCCUACAGAGGUUUUCAAUCCUAAAGUCAACAAGGGGGUUACUGAGGCUUUAAUUCUUCCAGAGACACCUAGUGAGGUCAUUUUGUCUUCUAUUUCAGCUGAGACCCCAGUGCCUCCUGUUCUAUCUGAUUCUGAGACACCAUCUUCUCCUCCUGAGACCUCAACACUACCUGUGGUACUUUUGCCUGAGACCUCAACUUUUCCCGUGUUCCUUGCUCCUGAAACCUCAGUGCUUCCUGUCCUUCUUGCUACUGAGACCUCCGCUCUUUCCAGUUCUGAGACCCCCACUUCUUCUAUCCAUCAUGCUACUGACACCACUGUACCAUGUUUUGCACCUGCUACUGACACCUUAUUACCUACAGUUUUACACACUGAUGAGACCACCAAGCCUUCUCCUCCAUAUGCUACUGAGACCCCCAUGCUUUAUGAAUCAUCUGCUACUGCAACCCCAAUGCCUUCCAUGCCAAGUGCUAACGAAAGCUCCAUGCCAACUGUCCCAUCUCCUUGGGAGACAGCAGAUCCUGAAGUUCCACCCAUUACAGAGUCCACACCAACUGGCCAGAGUAUAGAUUCCACUGCAUCAGUCACAGCUCAGGCCCCUGGUGAUGUUACAGUACAGGCUGAUGAGAUUACUUCUUGUCUUAGUGCAAACUCUGAUGGUUCCCCACUCACCUUUAUGCCCCCAGUCCCAUUAGAAAUAUCUCCUUCUGCCAACACAGGAGAUACAUUGGUGCCACAAACUCCUACUUCCACUCUGCUCCUCGCUUCCAUCAUUCAGUCUGUGUCCCCCCAACCAUAUUCUCCCUUUACUUUGGGUGAUGUUUCCUCAGAGAGCCCCUCUGUAGUAGAAGCCACAACUAGCUCCGAAGGUUCAGGGGAAGCCACUGGUGUUGAGGCUCCUUGCACUGCAGAGAUUAAUCACAAAGAAGAUGUACCAAGGUCUGAGCAAAUACUAGAAUCACAAGAGUCCAUACCAGGGGCAAAUCCAGUUAGUGAAAUCCAUUCAGAGUGUUUGCCCCAGUCAGAGGCAUCAGCCAUCGUCCCUAGCCUAUGUGAGGACCACUCCAAGGACGUCACUGUAGCAUCUGUAUGUCCAGCAGUAAUCUCAGUAGUCUCAGCUUUCUCUGAUAGUGAGGUUCAAGCCCUUACCAGUGAUAUCUCACUCAUAGAGGACCCUCUUCCCACUGAUACACCAAUCAUAUCUGAAAUCCCUCCCACUGAUAUCUCACUUAUAGUGGAAUCUCCAACCACUGACACGUCAAUCAAAUCUGAAAUUCCUCACACUGAAACCUCACUCAUAUUGGAAGCUCCUCCCACUGACACAUCAAUCAUAUCUGAAACUCCUCAUGUGGACAUCUCACUCAUAUCUGAAGCUCCUCCCACUGAAACAUUGGUCACAUGUGAAGUUCCUACCACUGAUAUCUCACUCAUUUGGGAAGCUUCUCCCACUGACACUUCUAUCAUAUCCGAAACUUCUGUGGCCACCUCACUCAUAACUGAAGCUCCUCCCACUAACGCUGCUGUCAUAUCUGAAACUCCUCCUGAUGGUCCCUCCCUCAUAUUUGAAGCUCCUUCCUCUGAUGCCUUACUGAUGUCUGAAGCUCCUCCCACUUACACCUCUGUCAUAUCUGAAACUCCUCCUGUGGACAUCUCACUCAUAUCUGAAGCUCCUCCCACUAAAACAUUGGUCACAUGUGAAGUUCCUACCACUGAUAUCUCACUCAUUUGGGAAGCUUCUCCCACUGACACUUCUAUCAUAUCUGAAACUUCUGUGGCCACCUCACUCAUAACUGAAACUCCUCCCACUAACACUUCUGUCAUAUUUGAAACUCCUCCUGAUGGUCCCUCCCUCAUAUUUGAAGCUCCUUCCUCUGAUGCUUUACUGAUGUCUGAAGCUCCUCCCACUUACACCUCUGAUAUAUCUGAAACUCCCCCUGUGGACAUCUCACUCAUAUCUGAAACUCCUUCUGCUUACCCCUCCCUCAUAUUUGAAGCUCCUCCCUCUGAUGCCAUACUCAUGUCUGAUGCGCCUCCCACUUACACUUCACUCAUAUCUGAAACUCCUUCUGCUUACCCCUCCCUCAUAUUUGAAGCUCCUCCCUCUGAUGCCUCACCCAUGUCUGAUGUUCCUCCCACUGACACUUCACUCAUAUCUGAAUGGCCAACUGAGAGAUCAGACAUAUGUGAGGCUUCACCUACUGAUAUUCCACUUAAAUUUGGGGCUCCGCCCAAUGAUUUCUUUGUAACAUAUGAGUCCCCUCCCACCUUUCCUGGGGGUGACAAUUCAGCCUCUAUUUUCUCACCUGUAUUUGAGCCUCCUGCCAGUGAUAUCUCACCUUUAUGUACGGAUCCUCUUGGUGAUAACUCACCUGUGGGCAAACUUCCUUCUAGUGAUAUCUCACCUGUAUGUGAGGCCCCUCCCACUAUCUCACCUGUAUGUGAGGCCCCUCCCACUAUCUCACCUGCAGUGGAGGCUCUGACCAGUGGCACCUUCUCUGGAGCAAAGGAAGAAUCUCUUGAGAACCAGUUUCUCUUGCCCCAAACAUCCAUCCUGGGCACUGACUGGCAGCAACAUAACGGUGCCCCCCUGUCUGAUGCGGAACUGCCCCCCGGCACAGACCUACUGAUUCCACUACACGGGGGCAUCACAGAUUGGGCUACCGAACCUGUGUUGGUACCAGAACUGGGGGCGUCGCCACUGGCGGAACCGAGCCAGCCUGCCCCUGCCGCCCCAGACUGCUGAGCUGGUACUGAACCUGCUGGAUUUGCCCCCCGUGUUGCUGACAAGAGACCCAGCGCCACCGCCAUACGCCCGAACCUGCACUCACUCAAGCACCCACCUUAUGUAUUCACUUAGCUGCCUGCGGGAUGGUGGGCACCCUCACCUAGUGCCAUGCUGUGUAUUGGGUCUCAGUGUGAUUAACCACAAGCACCCAUGUUAUUCCUACCCGUGUCCCAUAGGCCAGCUCUGUCCCUCUCCAACAUGUACAGCCGGAUAGUGAUACAGCCUUAUAUCAUCUUAUAUCAUCUUAGGGGGCUGUUCCUGCUGAAUUGUGCUUAGUACAGGGCAAUCCCUAUGUGCCAUAGUUUUAUGGUAUCUCUCUGUACAGGCUAUGAGCAAACUUAGGGGGCUGUUCCUGCUGAAUUGUGCUUAGUACAGGGGAAUCCCUAUGUGCCAUAGUUUUAUGGUAUCUCUCUGUACAGGCUAUGGGCAAACUUAGGGGGCUGUUCCUGCUGAAUUGUACCCCAAAUACACCAUGCCUGGGUGCUGCAUUAUGGGAGAGGGGGGGGCUGGAGUAUCACAUAUUGUGACCUGUCACGUUACUGUAUAAUAGAAGUGUAAAGCUGAAUAAACACAGAGUAUUGCCCCAG